AUGGGUUCUGAAAACGGCCAGAGCGGCCAAUUCCGCACGCCGCACCUCCCGCCUUCUUCCCUAAGCGCUUCGUCUAGUACAUCCUCUUCUGUUUCUGCUGCUGCGGCUCCUCCUGCUUCCUCCGCCGCAAACACCGCGACCGCCAGCAGCGGCGUCUGGGGGGCGGACAUGCAUCCGUCCGCGGGGGAGUUUCUCCCCCAGUCGUUCUCCUCGCAGCACCCCGCGCUUCCGGUGGCGCCCUUCCCCGCGCCGCUCGCCGCGCGGAUGUUCCCCGCGCAGUCCAUCUACCGCCCGGACUUCACGCAGUCGGACCGCUACUACCCCGCCGCUGCGAGCCGCUGGGGCGGCGGCGCGUUUGCGUCCGGCGACGAUUACUACGACGGAAUCGCGGAGGAGAACGAAGGCGAAUGGGCGGAAGACGCGCUAGACACGUACAUCGACAGCCUGGACACCCGCGACGCCGCCGGGCUCGGUCCCGGGUAUUACUACGACGGGCCUGUCGGCGGUGCUGCUUGUAACGAGGACUUGGAGCUCGAACCCCCUGCUCCUGCGGCGACGUUCAACUGGACCCGUGAGUCUGAGACCCGUCUGAGUCUCCUGCCGCCGUUCGAUUCCCGCCGCCACUGCUCACUUGCUGGUUCUUUCCACUACUUCCCUUCGGUCUCCUGGUCCCUUCGUCCCUGCGUCCUCCCGUCCGUGUGA